CAAAAACCAAAAGCUCACUAUAACGUGAACGCCACUUCUUCUUCAAUCGUGUUGCAUGGCACCAUAGCCGCCGCCAGCACAAUGUCAGUCCAACCGACUGAAUAUCUGCGCUUCACGUCACAAAAAGCACUCACCACCCGCCUCGUCCUCUCUACCCUCACUGGUCGCCCAGUUCACAUCUCUCAAAUCCGCUCCUCAUCCGCCGUCUCUCCCGGCCUUGCCUCCCACGAAAUCUCCUUCAUCCGUCUCCUUGAAGCCAUAACCAACGGCUCUUCGCUCCAGAUCUCCUACACGGGUACCACUCUCACCUACAACCCUGGCCUCAUCACCGGCUCAGUCGCAGGUCUCGGCGCACAUGGAGAUCUCAUCGAGUAUGCGCUCCCAGCAACCAACACGCGCGGAGUGAGCUACUUCCUCCUGCCGCUAUGCAUGCUGGCACCAUUCAGCAAAGCGCCAAUUAAUGUACGAUUUACCGGCCCUGGUGUGAUCACCAGCUCGACGGAGGCAGGCGAUAUCAGCGUCGACAGCGUGCGCACUGCGAUUCUGCCGCUGUACGAACAAUUCGGCAUUAUGUCAGCAAAACUUGAGUUGCGUGUGCUGCAGCGUUCUUGCGCGGGCCCAGGAGGCCUUGGUGGCGGCGGUAUCGUGGAGUUGCGCUUUGGGUCGCAGGUGCGCCUGCCGAAGACGUUACAUCUGAACAGGAAUCCUGGGAGGAUAAAGCGCAUUCGUGGUGUGUCGUAUUGUACGGGUGUGUCGGCGAGCAAUAAUGCGAGGAUGAUACACGCGGCAAGAGGGGUGUUAAAUCCGCUGGUCAGCGAUGUGCAUAUUGCGGCACAGUACGAUCAGGCGCCGUUGGUGAGCAGCAAUGAUAAGGCGGACCCGAAAGGGAAGAAGCGGACGGGCAUUGGUUUUGGACUGAGCUUGGUGGCAGAGUCGAGUUCGGGGGGUGUUUUGUACAGCGCGGAUGUGGCAGCGCCGCCUCAGGGAGGUGUCACGCCUGAAGAUAUUGGGAAGCAGGCUGCAUUGCAGCUGUUGGAGACUAUUGCACAAGGUGGAUGUGUUGCCAAGGCAGGCGCGGCAACGAUACUGACGUUGAUGUCAAUGGGAUCGGAAGAUGUUGGGCGCUUACGGAUUGGGCGGGAUGUUAUAGGAACGGAGGAUAUACUUGGUUUGGGGAGAGAUCUCAGGAAGUUCGGAGCAAGUGCUUGGGGCUUAAGAGAUGUGGAUGAGGAUGAGAGUGGUGAUAUUCUGGUCAGUGUUAAGGGCGUUGGGAUUGGUAAUGUCGGCAGGAAAAUAGCUUGAUACCAUAACUGAAUGAACAAUUAACAAUAAUGUCAAAAACAUCUCCGUA